UUAUUUAUAUACACACAUAGUAAACAAUAAAGAAAAAUUUUCUAUUUUUGUGAAAAUUUUUAAGGAAAAUUGAAAAUAAUAAUAUAAUAUUUAAUACGUAUAAAGUGGAGUGAAAAAUAAUUAAAUUUAACAAUGGAAUAUUGGCAAAAUGAAUUUCAUGAAAUAAAAGACCGCGGUUUGAAUUUGCUGCAGACAGAGAAAUGGGCCGAUUGUCGUUUCUUGGUUGGCGGUGCACCGCCCAAUCAAAGAAUUAUUGCAGGCCAUAAAAUAAUCUUGGCCAUGGCCUCACCCGUAUUUGAGACAAUGUUUUUUGGUCCGCUCGCAGCCAAAGAUGAUCCGAUUGUUAUACCAGACGUUCAGCCAGAUGCAUUCCAAGCCAUGUUGGAGUACAUUUACUCGGACCGCAUAAAUAUCAGUUCUUUUGAUAAGGCCUGUGAGUUGUGCUAUGUGGCUAAGAAGUAUAAGUUGCCACAUGUGGUGGAGCAGUGUACACAUUUCUUGUGGUCCGACUUGAGUCCGAGGAAUGCUUGUCGGGCAUUUGAGUUUGCAAAACUUUUCGAUGAGUCUCGUUUAAUGCAAAGAAGUAUGGAGUUAAUUGCUGGUCAUACUCGAGAAGUUUUAGCUGAUCCCAGUUUCAUGGAUAUUGAAAUGUCCACAUUAAUGGCUAUUUUGGAUCAAGACAAAUUGAAUGUUGACACUGAAUUGGAUUUAUUUAAUGCUCUUUUGCGUUUCGCCAAUGAACGUGUAAUGUGUAGAGAGGAAUCCCUACAACAUGCUGCACAACAUAGUGAACCGAGUGCUUUGGUGGUGGCCCCUAGUGAUGGCGGUUUAUUAAAUGUUGAAGAAAUUAAAAUGGAACCCGAUGUAAAUGCAAUGAUGCAGGGUCAUGAUGAACAUUACAUUGAUGGUAAUGCGGAUAAUGUAUCGUAUCAUCAUAAUGCACCAUCUCCCGAUGUGGUUGUUGUGGUGGAUAGUGAUGCCUCUGUGACUGAUGGUUCGGAAAAUGAAGAAGUAGCAGCAUUAGCAGCACCUUCAUCGGUUGCAUAUGAGCAACCUACAUCAUCUGCCGCUGCUGCUGUGGCCGCCAAUCUCAAUUAUUUCAUGGAUGCCCAACGUUUAGUUGUAGACGAGGAAAUGUUGAAAAAAGCCGUCAGAAAAAUACGUUUUCUCACCAUGACUCCACAACAAUUUGCUGAAGGUCCAGCCCGUUCUAGACUGUUGCAACAACAUGAAGCUUUGGCUAUACUUAUCAAAAUCUCUAGUCCUUCCAUUAACGACUGUCCAAUGCCUGAAGGAUUUUGCAGUUCUCGUUGCAGUCGCAACUUUUAUGAACAGCGUAGUAAUCAGCGUGAUUUAUCUACAUUCCUCCACACACAUCCGACUAACAACUUUUUUGGCGGUAGUAGUGGCGUUGUAAAUGCAAAUAAUUUUCCUACCCUGGAUGCUCCGAUGGUUCAUGUGCAACCACAAAUUCUAAGCUCAAAUCGCAAUUCAUUAGUUAAUAAUGCUCACAAAACACGAGAGAAUGCUACAGUGUCAUUAGUUACGGGUAUGGCAGAUUCCGGAGAUGGUGCCACUCAUGAUUCGCGACGUUCGUAUUGUGUUCGCACUGUUAAUCCUCAGUUUGAUUAUCGCAAUACAAGUGUUACAGAUUGUGGUUUGACUUUUCAAGUGGACACUAAUAUUUGGAUAACCGGUGUCCAAGUACCCACUCAAGUACUUUGUGGUGAACUUAUGAAUUCUGCUGGUUUUACCGAGCGUUACACUGAGAUUUUAUACGCCCACAUACAAGAUGUUCAAGGAUCGCGUCUUAGCUACACUCACUGUACUUCUCGCGUUCGCUAUGACUCUUUGCUAGAAAUCUCAUUCGAUCGUCCCGUUUAUAUCUAUCGCAAUCAAAUCUACAAAGUUUUUGUAGUCUUCAAUAAAAUUGGUUGGUAUCCCAUGUAUACCUCUGUGCCGGAUGUCAUUUGCAAUCGUGUUAAAUUUCGCUUUAAUGUUGGCGAUCCUGGUGAAUCAGUACGCGAUGGUCUAAUACGCGCCAUCGUCUUUUCAACCCCCCACGACAAUAGUAGACAAAUACUGGAGUAAGAAGGAGUUGAAAGUAUGUAUGCGAAAUAUGAUUUUAGGAGUAAAGAAGACUUUAUGGCAAUAUAAGCACAAUUUGUUGGAAAAAAAAGUAUUUUUCUUUAUUUUACAAUUUUUUUGUAAUGAAAAAAAUACAAAUUGUAUUUUAAGUUUUAUUUUAUAAAGUAUUAAUUGGGAUUCUCAGAAAUAAAUAUUUUACUUUAAUGUAA